UAAGUGCAACACUAUAAUAUGCUCUGAUCAACAUUUUCUUGUCAAUUGUUCUACAAGGAGCAUUGUAUUGUUUAAUCGUCAUUUUACAGAUAUAUGUAUGCUUAUAAAUGUUUUAUUUACUAAAUAAUUAAGUAGCGAUUAUAUAUUGCUUGACAAACAGUAGUUGGAAAGCAAUGGAACCUAACAAUUCUGGUUUAAGUGUAUUGGAGAUGCAAAAUGGCUGGAACGUUAAUGCAACCGUUCCCCGGAGAGAAGAAUUUAUUGAUCACACACUUCUGGCUCCUGAAUAUAUCAGAGAUCCUAACAGCUUUAUAGUGCAACUUAUAGAAGGACCAUAUGUUUUUCAAAAUCAAAUUCCAACCACUUCCUUCAAUACAACUAAUACGUUUACACCAGAUUUAAAUUUUCAUAACACAGUUUUUCAACUUGUAAACAUACCCGACCAGUUUCAAGUAGCAAAUUAUAUUGGAAAUGGCAUUCCAACUAUUGUCGGAUCACAACUUCAAAUGGAACAUAAUGAAACAUCAUUGGGGUUAACAGAAAGUAAGGAACCAGAGCUAGGUUUUAGCUCUGGAACAACAUUGGAAUUAACUGAAAGGAGCAAUUCUCCUUGCACUGAAGAAACUAAUGAAGACCUUACUUUUAACUCUGGCACCACAUUAGAAUUAACUGAAAGAAGCACUUCCCUUUGUCGUAAAGAAACUAAUGAAGAUCUAACCUUCAAUCCUGGAACAACAAUAGGAUUAACUGAAAGAAGCAAUUCUCUCUGCAAUAAGGAUAUUACUGAAAAUUUAACGUUUAACUCUGGAGCUACUUUGGGAUUAACUGAAAGAAGCAAUUCCCUUUGUCGUAAAGAAACUAAUGAAGAUCUAACCUUCAAUCCUGGAACAACAUUAGGAUUAACUGAAAGAAGCAAUUCUCUUUGCAACAAGGAUAUUACUGAUGAACUAACGUUUGAUUCUGGAGCUACAUUAGGAUUAACUGAAAGAAGCAAUUCCCUUUGUAGUAAAGAAACUAAUCAAGAUCUUACUUUUAACACGGAAUUUUUGAAUACUGACGAAGAUAAACUUUGUACUCCAGAAAAUGAGUCAACACUUGAUUCCGCAACCGUUCAACAAUUUCCAAGUCUGUCAUUGUUAACUCAGUCAAGUGUAGGGCUAAGUGAUUCAGAUGUAUUGCAAAGUGCGGAUCUUACAAUUGCUCGUACUCUUAAAACCAAAAAAGUAUUGCCGCACAAAAAACGAAUAUCGCGCAAAUUAAAAGCUUCAAGGGAAUGUUUAGAAUCUUUAGAAUUGCCAGUAACUUUAGACGAAAACAUAACGAAUGGUCAUGCAACAUGUACUGUGCAAUUUAAUUGUGAAAUUUGUGGUCAGUCCUGUGUUUCGCAGUUAGACUUCUUUUCACACCUAAAACAGCAUUACGAGCCAACUAAUACUGACACGAUCCUUACAGAUAUAAGUUCCAUUGAUUCGUUAGCGGCAGCUACUAACUGCGAAGAAAAUUGCUCAUUAAAUAAAAAAAAUGACAUUUCUACUGUCACCUCUGUUUAUGAGAGUCUUAAUUUUGAGGACUUCUCUAAUGUUGAUACUGUCCAUUGUGUUGUAGAUCAAAACAAUGAUUUAAAACUUAUAAGCGCAAAUAAUAUAGAAAAAUGUAUAGAUUUCGUUACACAGCCAAAUACUGCUUCUGGUAUAGAUCCAGAUGAAACCGAGUUUAGUGAUACUGAAGACAUGUUAGAAGGAAUACGAAACGUUGUAGAUAAAGUGUCUGUUGAAGAUACUUGUGAUGAAAUUGAUCUUAUGACUUCUAAUGAUAUACGAAAUGAAUGGUUAAACAAUAAUUUUAGUGGAAUAGCAUUUAAAGGCGAAGUAUCUCUUGAACCCCUUCAAAUGAUGGUAUCGGACACACACAAUGUGUCUUUGAUUGAAAAGGAUAUUUCGUUAAAAAUGAAUGAUACUGCUGACCUGCAAUUAUUUUCAAAUGAUAACUGUAUAGACAAAGAAACAUUUGACAAUAAUUGUAAGGAUGUAAAUAGUUCAUAUCUUAGUGAUGACAAUUUAGAGUUAAUAAGUUCUGUAGGGAUAGGAGAAAAUAUUUCAACAACUGUGUGCAUUACUACUUUGGAUAAAGAAAAACCAUAUAAGAGUAAAACACCAAAAAAAAGCAAUAAACCAAAAAAAAAGAGAAAAGGUAGAACUAAAAAUGAUUGCGCAAAUAAAAAAGAAGUCAGCAAAAGAAAAGAUACCAUUAAAAAGAAGAAACAAUGGAUGUGUAGUAGUUGUGAUCGCGGUUUCAAUUCUGCUAACGCUCUCAAGUAUCACAAUCGGACGCAUUCUGGAGUUCGACCUCAUCAGUGUGAUAUAUGUGGAAGGUCAUUUUUUGCUCGAGGUGCGCUCAAAACACAUCUCUUAACUCAUACCGGUGAUAAGCCAAUCGAAUGUAUGCAUUGCCAACGGAAGUUCCGGCAAGUGGGAGAUUUAAAUUAUCAUAUUAUUUCUAUACAUACAGAAGAAAAGAGUCAUCAGUGUGAAUUUUGUGGGAAAUCGUUUUCACGCAAAUAUUCACUCGUUGUACAUCGUCGUAUUCAUACAAGUGAAAAAAAUUACAAAUGCGACUUUUGUCCAAAAACCUUUCGUGCUAGUACAUAUUUGCAAACACAUCGAAGAAUUCAUACAGGAGAAAAACCACACGAAUGCAAAAUAUGUUCCAAAUGUUUCCGCGUUGGGAGUGAUUUACGUCGUCAUAUGUUAACACAUCUACGAAAAGGUGCCAAGACGAGCUGGUAGCACACAGAAGUAGUUUAACCUAACAGUACUUAGAUGAUUUCAAAGGAUGAUCAGCUAGAAAAAUAUGUAUAUUAAUGUGUAUGUAU